AUGUUGUCAAUAGAGAGAGCAGUUAUCUCGCGACAGCAGGUGAUGUCCAGUUUCUGCAGGUCCUUGUUCUUCUCUGAGAUUAAGGAUAAAUCUUCGUCGGUGACACCCAAGCAUUUGCUAAAGCUCAGCUCCCUCAGCGAUGAACAAGAAUUCGCGACAACUUUCAAUCCAUAAGUAGAAAAUCGGCAGCCAUCUAACUGGAGAGAUUGCAACCUUGAGAACUUCUGCAAACUGUUCGCCAAAGAGUGAGAAACCUGCAUGACAGUAAUAAGAAAUGGAUCUUUCAGCGACAGUAUUUAUCCAAUUUUUUCUUCUGGUGCGAAACCAGGACGAGAGUUUAGACUCACAGUGCCACAGUGUGACAGAAUGAGCUCACGUAGAUGCACAGCUCCCCUUGAUAGAGAAGAGAAUCCAAGAUAUCCAACAUGCCGAGAGUUUGACAGGUUGAGGGUCUGCAGAAAACCGUUGAUGAGUGACGACGACAAAAGGAAUGAAACUUUGGAACAUAAACCCAUAUACUAACAGUAUAACAUUUAACAUCAGCUGUUGGGUACGCAUGCAGAGAUGGAGCAAUCACCAGCAGUUGCAGUCAACAGAUGUUGCGGUACUAGUGAGUUUAAUGAAGAGCAAUAUGAUAUGAUAUCUAUCACUGUGAUGAAGAUCAUUUCUUCGGUAAUGCACAUGUUACCCGCAUAGAGUUUUCUUGUGAGGAUGAGUCUUCUGGAUGAAUGAGGAAACAGAAAAAGGCGAGGACUGAAGAUUACCACGAGGGAUUUGCAUUUCUGUUGAAUAGUUGCAAGGCUCUCAUCAUCAAUCCCACGGCAUCCUUCGAGGGAUAAAUCCUGCAGAUUCUUCAGUUGCAGUAUUGGCUGCAGGCAUUGCCCUGUGACCUGCGAAUUGUGAAGAAGAAAUUGUCGGUACAUUCUAAAUCACUGAUUCAGUCACCCCUGAAUCAAUCGCUGAAUCGCUGAAGAACAUGAAAUUGUGUAUUCUGAAGAAAGGUUCAUGGAAUAUAUUAAUCCCAAAACCAUGUAAAAUCUCGAAAAGGUGAUAAAAACUCUGGCCCAUUGCAGGCUGAGAAGAUGAUGCCCAUCUACCUGAACAUAAGAGAUGUCAAGAGAACGAAUCUCCUUGCAUUUUACCGCCACGAGCCCCACCGCAAGAUCCGUCACGCCCAGGCACCAUCUCAAACUGAGCGCCCUCAGUCUUGGGCAUCCAACGGCGAUGCAUCCGAGACCCAUGUCCGUGACCAUCUUGCACCUGGUCAGCGACAGCCUUUCCAGAUUCUUCGCCCGCCCGAUCGUCGCUGCCGCGGCGUCACUCAGUUCCGUCGCAUUCGACAAGUCGAUCUCCACCAAUGAGGAGCAGUUGGUCACGAGGCUCUCUAGUCCGACUUGGGUGAAGGACCUCGAUUUCGACAGGUCGAUGGAACGGAGCGACGAGCCUAGGGAUAGGGCCACCGUUGCGAGGCAAGCGUCGGUUACCCGGGGGCAGAGGGAGAGAUCGAGACGCGAGACAGAGGGAUACCGAGAGAGGACGGUGGGGAGAAGAUCGACACGGCGGGGCUUCAGCACCCUGCGGUGGCGGGAUUCGGCGGCGUACCAGGACUUGCAGACGAGGGAGAAACUCUUCUUGUCCAGGGGAUUGGAAUCUAAACAAUCGAGGAUCAUGAAAAAGGUCUCCUCCGCCAAGGCAUCAAAAUAG